AUGGGAGCAGACAAAAAACGCCAACGCGAGGACGGCCCCGUCGAGGCCACCACCUCUUCCACCGACCAAUCCUCCUCCAACCCCAACAAAAGACCCAGAGUCGACAAAAACCGAUCCCUCUUCGUCCGAUCCCUCCCCCCAUCAGCCACCAGCGAGUCCCUCACCAACUUCUUCUCCCAACACUACCCCGUCAAACACGCCACCGUCGUCCUCGACCCCAAAACCAAAACCUCCCGCGGCUACGGCUUCGUCUCCUUCGCCGACCCCGAAGAUGCCAUCGAGGCCAAGAUCAAGCUCAACAACGAGCUCCUCGACGGCCGCAGGUUGAGGCUCGACAUUGCCCAGCCCCGUCUCCGCGAUGCCGCGAAGGCUAGCACCGAGGUCGCUGCAAGAGUCGUCACCGAAAAGCGCCAGCGGGAGGAGGAGUUGGCUGAGCAAAGAAAGGCGCCCAAGCUUAUUAUUCGUAACUUGCCUUGGAGCAUCAAGUCGUCGGAGCAGCUCGCCAAGCUGUUCCAGCCUUUUGGCAAGAUCAAGUUUGCGGAUUUGCCCAAUUCGAAGGGGAAGCUUUCUGGUUUUGGGUUCGUCACGCUUCGGGGUCGCAAGAAUGCGGAGAAGGCGUUGGAGGCUAUCAAUGGCAAGGAGAUUGACGGGCGGACGGUGGCGGUUGAUUGGGCGGUUGAUAAGCAGACUUGGGAGCAGCACAAGGAGGAAGAGGAGGGUGGCGAGGAGACCAAGACUGAGAAGAAGGCCAAGAAGGCGAAAAAGGAGGAGGAGAAGGAAGAGGAGGAGGACCCGAACAUGACACAGGAGGAUCGCGAUCUGGCGAAUUUCUUCAAGAAUUACGGCAAGAAUCUCGAGGACGAGGUGGAGGAUGAUGAUGAAGAUGUCAACAGCGAGGACGAGGACGAAGAUGAUGACGAGGAGAAGGAUUCACACGAGGAGAUGGACGAGGAUGGCGAUGCCGAGUUUGAGGAUGCAUCAGACGACGACGAGGAAGAGGCAAAGCCGGAAAAGAAGCUGUCCACUGACAACUCCACCACCGUCUUCAUCCGCAACCUCCCUUACACCGCCACCGACGAGCAGCUUAAGGCCCACUUUGAAACCUUUGGUGCAGUCAGGUACGCUCGCGUGGUCAAAGAGCGCGGCACCGACCGGCCCGCGGGUACUGGAUUCGUCUGCUUCUUCAACCACGACGACUAUGUCUCCUGCCUCAAGGGCGCUCCCCGUCGCCCUGCCCCCACGCUGGCCAAGCACUCCGUCCUGCAGGACGAAACCCUCGACCCUGAGGGAACGUACACCCUUGACGGCCGCAUCCUCCAGGUCGCCCCUGCCGUUGACAAGAGCGAGGCUGCGCGGCUGCAAGAAAUGAGCGCGUCCAAGAAGGACAAGGACAAGCGCCGUCUUUUUCUGCUUCAGGAGGGUCAAAUCCCCGCUAGCUCACCCGUUUUCAAGACGCUCUCCGAUCAGGAGAUCAAGAUGCGCGAGGCGAGCGCGAAGCAGAGGAAGAAGCUUAUUGAGAGCAACCCGGCGCUUCACAUCUCGCUCACCCGCCUGGCGGUAAGGAAUAUUCCUGCUAAUAUGGACUCUAAGGCCCUGAAGGCGUUGGCCAGGGAGGCGGUGGUGGGUUUUGCGAAGGAUGUCAAGGAGGGGAAGAGAGCGCCGCUUUCGAAGGAGGAGAAUCUCCGGGGUGGUGAGCAGGAUAAGGAGGCGGAGAGACAUAGGAAGGAGAAGGGGAAGGGGGUGGUUAAGCAAGCCAAGAUUGUGUUUGAGACGGUACAGGGGAGCAAGAUUGAUGAGAAGAAGGCGGAGGGAGGGGGGAAGAGCAGGGGGUAUGGGUUUAUUGAGUACACCUCGCACCGCUGGGCGUUGAUGGGGUUGAGGUGGCUGAAUGGUCAUGCGAUGAAGAAUGAGGCGGGGAAAACGAGCAGGUUGAUUGUGGAGUUUGCUAUUGAGAAUGCGAAUGUUGUACAGAGGAGGAGGCAGCAUGAGCAGAAGAUUCGGGAGGAGGGGCCGAGGGCGCCGGGGUCGAGGGCGGAGAGGGAGAAGAGGGAGAGGGAGAGGGAGAGGGGGAGGAAGAACAGGUGGGAGAGGAAGGAGGAGAAGAAGAGGCCGGAUACGUGGAAUAAGAGUAGCAAGGGGAAGAAGAGUGCUGUUCCCAAGGAGGAGAAGGGUAAGGCGGAGCCGCAGACGAAGGAGGGAAAGAAGAAUGCGGAGGCUAAGUUGGCCAUGAGGACGAAGAUUGUGGCGAGGAAGAGGGAGAUGAGGAAGAAGAAGGCGGAGCUCAGGGGUGAGAAGUAA